GCCGUCCCCGCGCAUCUAUCGCGCACAGCCCCGCGUUGCUACAGAAGUGAUCCGGUGGCGUUGAAGAGGCACCCUUGGCAUUGGUGCAAUGCUUCGGCCGCCGCACGCAGAGAGAAGAUGUUUGAGGUAUGGGUGGGAUCGCUUUGAAGUCUGGGCCUCAUCUCGAUGCCCCUCUCCGCAACUCGCUCUGUCUCUCAUCGUCUAGAUGUUAUGGUACCGGUUUCCUUAACUUUUUCAAAGAGUUAUCUACACUACGGCUCUGCUACUACCAUGCUCUCACAAUCCAGAAACCUGUUCUUUAUUCUUGGCUUCCUUCUCGCCCCGGCUUUGACUUUGGCGCCAUGUACCUCAUCGCCGACGAUUCACUUCUCGCUUGGAAACUGCACCAUACCGUCGCCUAACCGGGAAGACGUAUACAGCUGGGGCAUCCGGAUGUCGAUCGACGGCGUUGACGAUCUCUGUGUCGUUCCUUCUACGGUAGUGACUCACUCGUUUCUGACCACCGAGGCGCUCUGCAGUGGCGAAGAACUCAAAGACGCAGAGGGGGUGACGAUGACGCCUGCCCGAUGCCGCUCCAGACGUGGAGGUUUCAUUUCUCAGUUGCAGUCUCUGCCCAGUGCUCCAACCGACGGUCUGGAUAGUACGAACCCCAACUGGAGAGCACUCGGAAAUGAGAUUAGCGCGGCUGCACUGGCGACCCUCAAGGUUUUCGACGAGCGAGUGGCUAUGGUUGUUGGAUUGAUCACCACCGGCCAGCAAUCUACCGCGUCGCAUCUCGGUCUUGCGUCUGGCUCAGCUUUCCUUCGAACGCUCAAGGACCGGGGGUUGAUCGCUGCACGGUCCUUCGGACUUAACGCCGGCUCACAGAGUGUCGAAUUCCCCAGGCGUGGCAGCCUGGUGCUUGGGGGUUAUGAUCGGGCCAGCUUUGGCAGUUCCGCCGCCGUAGAGUACAACAUAUCGACAGACAAACUGAAUAACCGGCUGUGUCCGCUUCGGGUGCAGGUUGAAGGCCUGAGUUUAACGGCUGGAAACGACACGGACAGGAGGACUGAAACGCUUAUUGGACUGGGUAACGCCUUCGACUUCUGCAUUGAACCCUAUGACAACCUCUUCCGCCUCCCUAACAACACGCUCGAUCAAUUGAGGAGAUUCUUUGCAAGCGUGACACAGCACCAGGACCCGCCGGUGCCUCCGAACGAGUACCAACACAAAAUCGCCAAUCUGGAACCCGGUCUGGUCUACCCCAGAAGCGCCGCCCUCUCGUUCAAUGGAUCCAUGCGGAUCAUACUGAAGGGUGGUUUUACUGUUGACAUUCCUGUUCAUGAGAUGCAACGGCCACUUAGGGGCCUCGACCAGGAGGGCAUGCCGGUUCUUGACCAAGAUUUCACCGAGCUCCAGGUCUACGGCAGGGAAGCCCCCGGAUUCGCCCCAGUUCUAGGCAAAGCCUUUCUAUCCCAGGUGUACCUUUUCGUUGACGAAGAGUCGGGCAUCUUCAGGCUCGCUCCGCAAGCCCUUGAAGUGGCCUCGCCAGUUCCCGUCUCUUCAUUGACCUGCACACCCGGUCUAAGUCUCUCAGACAAGGGCUUGAUUGUCGUUGGCAGUGUCCUGGGGUUCCUCAUAGUUUGCUUAGUCGCGCACGCGCUCUACCGGCUGUACCGGCGGUUCCGGCCCGUGGCGGACACGGGAGAGGAGGCAGCAGAACCUUCGGUUCCAGCACCAACGCCUCCAGGUGUGCAAAAUCCAGUAAUGUCAGGUAUGGGACCGGAGGAGAACUCUCAACAUACACCAUCACGCCCAACAUCUCCUCGCCGAAGCAGCAACCUAUCAAGCACCGUGGAUGAUCCAGUAUGGCGGCCCGCCGCUAACCAUAUGCGUGAGAUGCGGGGUGAAAGAUUUGCUGGCCUACCCUCCUUCCCUAGCGAAGGGCUUCCGCCGGCUGGAGGUAGCUCUCCUGGAAGUCGGGAAACACGCGUGGUGGGAGUUAGCAUUUUCUGAUCAGCUCAACUGACGAUAAGAAACUGAAAGUCUUGUGUCGUGUGCCCUUUUCAAGAAUAUUCUUGGAAUAUCGGCGAGGACUCUGAGGAGGAGGAUCGCAAUAAUGAACCCAGUUUACAUUGCAGCAACACAGGGGACAGCGCCUUGAAGCGCUCAGGUUUGAUGCGGAAACUGCCCUAGCAAGUUUGUCUGAGACUGGUUUAGAGAAGAGUAACCCUCAGCAGGAGAACGCUGGAGUGCACCUCUACCUUUGAGCUCCUCGAAAAUGGUAAAACGCCCCUAA